AUGGCAUCCCUGAGCACCCUCGAUAGCCCCGACUACUAUGAAAUUGCCUGGAUCACUGCUCUUCACAUCGAGCGAGCCGCUGCAGAAGCGAUGUUGGAUGAGGAACAUGCAGCACCAACCGGCUUCACGAAACACCAAACUGACACGAAUGUUUACACGUGGGGUCGCGUGGGAAACCACAAUAUAGUCAUCACCUGUCUGACUUCUGGAGUCCAUGGAACCACCUCAGCUGCGACCACGGCCUCGAGCCUACUUGCCUCUCUGCCAUCCAUUCGUAUUGGUCUUUUGGUCGGCAUAGGCGGUGGCAUUCCACGACCGGAUGAGGACCACGAUAUCAGGCUAGGUGAUGUUGUCGUGAGCCAGCCCUCUGGGACAAUAGGAGGGGUUUGCCAGUAUGACUUUAUCAAGGCAAAGUCUGAUAAUAAGCGUGAGCGCAAAGGCUUCCUCGGACGUCCUCCGACGGUCCUUCUCAAUGCGCUUAGCAGAAUCCAAGCCUACCACGAGCGGAAAGACUCUAAGAUCCCCUACUUCCUUCAAGAAAUGCUGGAGAAGCAUCCGAAGAUGGGCAGGAGAUCUAAGAAAAGUCCCGGCUAUACUCACCAGGGUUUCGAUAACGACCGCCUCUUUAAAUCUUCAUGCGAUCACAUCCCUGUCCCGGAUUAUCGAGACUGCGACACGGCUAAUAAGGUUCAACGCGAUGCUCGAGACUCUACUGACCCCGAUAUCCACUAUGGGAUCAUCGCAUCCGGCAACACGCUCGUUAAAGACGCUGCUACUCGCGAUCGUAUUAGUGCUGACAUCGGCGAGGAUUGCAUCUGCUUUGAAAUGGAAGCAGCCGGCUUAAUGAAUCACUUUCCCUGUCUUGUGAUUCGAGGGAUCUGUGACUACGCCGAUUCUCACAAGAACGACCGAUGGCAACGCUACGCCUCGGCGACCGCCGCAGCGUAUACCAAGGAGCUUCUGGAGUACGUGCCGACCGCGGAGGUCCAAGAAACCAAGAGGGCACUGGAAGUACUUCAGCUAGUUCAACAACAGAUUGACGGCGUGCAGCAGACGACAGUUGCGACGAAAGCUAUAACUGAUUCUAUCAGGGCUGAUCUCCAUACCGAUAAGAUCAGACGCUGGCUUUGUCCCCCGGAUCCGUCUAUAAAUGCUAACCACGCAAAGACGCUUCGCCAUGAAGGGACAGGCGUGUGGCUCCUAGAACACCCUAUCUUCAAGUCGUGGUACUCGGGUUCGCGUCGACAUUUAUGGUUACACGGGCUUGCGGGAUGUGGAAAGACCGUUCUUAGUGCGACUGUGCUUGAUCACCUUACGAAUGGAAACGACGGUCUAGUCCUCAGCUUCUUCUUUGAUUUUGGUGACUCCACAAAGCAGACAUGGGAUAGCAUGCUGCGGUCGCUCGCUUUCCAACUUUACGAAGGUGGGGUCGGCUCUGCUAUUUAUCUUAAUGCCUCAUUUGAAGCACACCAGAAUGGCAGCCGCCAACCUACGACAAAGGCGCUCUCGGGUAUUAUUUCUAAGAUGUUCGCAGCCCAGAGAAAGGGUUUAAUCGUGCUGGACGCCUUGGAUGAAUCAACAACAAGGGAUGAUGUCCUUAUGUGGAUCAGGGACGUGCUAUCUAAUCCAGACUGCUUCCACAUCCAGCUUUUCUAUACCAGCCGACCCGAGUCCGAGUUUCAGCGCUAUAUUCCUCCUUUAAUAGGAGAGGAAAACUGCCUACCACUUAGGAAUCAGGCUGUUAACUCUGAUAUCCAAUCGUGGGUAACAGCCCAGCUUUCUCAACGGCGAGAAUUUAUGGAGAAGCAGUUAUCCCAGAAUCUUCUCGAGGAGAUCCGGAGGAAGGUUGGCGAUGGGGCUGAAGGGAUGUUCCGGUGGGCGUUCUGUCAAUUAGACAGCUUAGCUCGAUGUCGUCACGAGGUAGCUAUGAAGAAGGCUCUCGUGUCUUUACCAGAAAAUCUAAAUGAGACAUACCGGCGCAUGAUCGCAAACAUACCGGACGAGCUAAAAAGUGACGCGAUACGGCUCCUGCAAUUCUUAGUGCACUCUAAGCGACCUCUAAAGCUAGCCGCCGCUAUAGAAAUAAUAGCGACUCAGACCGAAAAUGAGUCGCAAGGAUUUGACAUUAAGCGUCGACUAUUUCACGAGAAUGAUAUUAUGGAUUACUGUCCUGGCUUAGUAACAAUCGUUCACGAUCCCAGAAAAGUGCUACACCUUACCCACUUUUCCGUUAAAGAGUAUCUUCUCAAGGAAAAUCAAUUCAACGAUACGACUGCCAGUGUUUCCAUCACGAGGACGUGUCUGACUUAUCUUACCGAUAUCACGGGCAGCAAUAAAGAGAUUACGCAGCAUUUCCCGCUAGCAAGGUCUGCGGCGGAACUUUUGACAGGCCAUGUUUCAUUGGCUCAGGCGUCCGAAGAUAUAGUUCGUAUGACAGUCAGAUUCCUAGAAAGGGACGCAACAUUCCAGCGUUGGGGUCGUUUAUAUCAGGCUGAUAGGAGUUGGGUCAACCACCCUGGUCCUCCGGAAGGGUCCAGGCUAUACUAUGCUUCUUUCUUUGGGCUCGUUAUCGCAGCACAAGAGUUAAUUAGCAACGGAGCGGAUGUCAACGCGCAGGGUGGCCACUACGGCAACGCUCUCCAGGCCGCCUCACUUCAAGGCUAUCAAGACAUGGUCAAACUUCUCUUAGAUAACGGAGCGGAUAUCAACGCGCAGGGUGGCGAGGACGGUAACGCUCUCCAGGCUGCCUCGCUUCGAGGCCACCGAGACAUUAUCAAACUUCUCUUAGACAAAGGAGCGGAUAUCAACGCGCAGGGCGGUUUUUACGGCAACGCUCUACAGGCCGCCUCACGUCAAGGCUAUCAAGACAUUGUCAAACUUCUCUUAGACAACGGAGCGGAUAUCAACGCGCAGGGCGGAAUUUACGGCAACGCUCUCCAGGCCGCCUCACAUCAAGGCUAUCAGGACAUUAUCAAACUUCUCUUAGAUAACGGAGCGGAUGUCAACGCGCAGGGUGGCCACUACGGCAACGCUCUCCAGGCCGCCUUGAUUAAAGGCCACCGAGACAUUAUCAAACUUCUCUUAGACAACGGAGCGGAUGUCAACGCGCAGGGUGGCGAGUACGGUAACGCUCUCCAGGCCACCUCGAGUGAAGGCGAUCAAGACAUGGUCAAACUUCUCUUAGACAACGGAGCGGAUGUCAACGCGCAGGGUGGCCACUACGGCAACGCUCUCCAGGCCGCCUCACGUCAAGGCUAUCAAGACAUUGUCAAACUUCUCUUAGACAAAGGAGCGGAUAUCAACGCGCAGGGCGACUUUUACGGCAACGCUCUCGAGGCCGCCUUGAUUAUAGGCCACCGAGACAUUAUCAAACUUCUCUUAGACAAAGGAGCGGAUAUCAACGCGCAGGGCGGCAUUUACGGCAACGCUCUCCAGGCCGCCUCACUUCAAGGCUAUCAAGACAUGGUCAAACUUCUCUUAGAUAACGGAGCGGAUGUCAACGCGCAGGGUGGCCAGUACGGUAACGCUCUCCAGGCCGCCUUGAUUAAAGGCCACCGAGACAUGGUCAAACUUCUCUUAGACAAAGGAGCGGAUAUCAACGCGCAGGGCGGAAUUUACGGCAACGCUCUCCAGGCCGCCUCACAUCAAGGCUAUCGGGACAUUAUCAAACUUCUCUUAGACAACGGAGCGGAUGUUAACGCGCAGGGUGGCCACUACGGCAACGCUCUCCAGGCCGCCUUGAUUAAAGGCCACCGAGACAUUGUCGAUAUGCUCCAAUCAACGGGUGCGAUUCCACCGUCUUCAAAGCGGCCCAGCUCUAGGACACCAACCAUGCCGGCGAAGAAACCUCGUCUGAUGGAAUUUGUAUGCUCUGAUUAA